AUUUACUGAAAAAUGUUGAAAUCUGGAAGUUUUCAAAUCUGUACUUUUUCCACAUUUUAAACUUCAAAAUGGGUCAAUUUGACCCGCAGGACAACAUGAGGGUUAAUAUAAAACUAUUUCGUGGCAUUGCUGUCCUUAACGUCCUCUGUGUAGCUUUGUAAAUUCUCGGCCUCAGAGUUGAGCCUAAAUCUGGUGGAUCAGCUGAUUCAGGAGUGUUGGAACUGCAACACCUCCGAGCAGGUUUUUACGCUGAAAUGCGCCACAGGACGCGCUUCUCCUCGUCCUGUCCGGCUUGUUUGGCGCUGAUUGAAGGCGCAGCAGCCCCCAUCACUCCCACCAGAACUACUGCUGCUGGGCUCCUGUAACCCUCCUCCUCCUCCUCCUACUUUUGAUGGGGGGGUUGUGAAGUCACAGUGAUGUCAUUUUAGGAUGUGAGAGUCGGGGGAGCAAGGUGAGCUGGUUUUUGCGGGUGAGUGGUAGUCCCCCCUCCACGGCCAGCGUUGCCUGAACAGAGGCUCGGAGCGGCGAAAGAUGAUCAUCGCCACCGGCACCAAUUCAAGCUCCGACGCGCUCCGUCCCUCUCCUCCUCCUCCUCCUGCUGCUGCUGCUGCUGCUGCUGCUCAGAUCUCGGGCUAUGGGGCCUUGAUCUGCCUUGAUCCCAAACUAAGCCUUCACCACCAUCAUGCCAAAGGACAGAAAACAAGAAGAGUUGCAUUUCUAGGGCAGGUAACUUUGACCACGCGCCCCAAAGGUAACCUGGAUGGCCUCUGCGCAAAGGUGCCACUACAGCAUGUCCAGCGGGGCCAGGGCGCACUGGACGCUGCCAGCAGUGAUUGUACUGUGGACUUCUCUGUGGGGAAUCGCUUCGUCUUACCCGAUUCCGAGCAGGACUAACGCGACUUUGUUGGAAAAGAAGUGGGAGACCCUCUUCUCCCGCUCCUAUCUGGGUAUAAGCGGGGGGAAAUCGGAGCUGAACUGGGAGAGUGACUAUUUGCAGGGCAUCAAAAGAGUGCGACGGCUCUACUGCAACGUGGGCAUUGGGUUUCACCUGCAGGUGCUCCCGGACGGCAGGAUAAACGGUGCACACAAUGAGAACCAAUACAGUCUGAUAGAGAUCUCCACCGUGGACCGAGGAGUGAUCAGCCUGUUCGGAGUGAGGAGUGAGCUGUUUGUCGCAAUGAACAGCAGGGGAAGGUUAUACGGAACGAGAGUCUUCAGGGACGAGUGCAAGUUCAAGGAGACUUUGCUGCCCAACAACUACAACGCCUAUGAGUCUUUUGUUUACAAGGGCUUCUACAUCGCCCUCAGCAAGCAUGGCCGCGUAAAGAGAGGCAACAAGGCCACCACCGCCAUGACGGUCACACAUUUCCUCCCGCGACUAUGAGAGAAACUGGCAAUAACUGAGUAAUUUGCACAUGUGGAUGUUCUUCCAGGUAACAUAGAAAUGCAUAGUCAUGAUAUACAAACCCACGGACUGCGAAAGAAAACACAAAUAUUUAUUCUGUUAUAUAUAUGUAUAUUUGGAUAGCUAUCUUUGUAUAUGUAUGCCAUACUGUGCUGCUUAUUGUUUUUACGGACGGGGGAGUCGAAGCCUUUGCCUGUCUCACUUUACCUUGGUGCUUGCUGUAACCGAACGACGUGUCACUUCCUUUUUUUUUUGAGAUGGAGGAUGAGCUAUAUUCUGUGCUUUUAGAGAGUGAAAUGAAUACUUUUUAUUACCUCAAAGAACCACUUUACUAGAUUAAGGGAUGCAUGGACUUCUGCUCAAGUAUCUGCUGAGUUUAUUGUUACUUUUCAAACCUUUGAGCGCUUGACGGUUCCCUGCUCGAUCAUCCAUGUCCGGCAGCGGGGGAAACUUAAAUGCACUACCUUUGCUGCACGAUUUAAAGGUGCCUUGGUGUUCCCACUUGUGGCCCCCUUAAACUUGCAUGUAAGAGACACCCGCUGGAGUCAGAAAUAGGGCUGACGCUCCGGAGAGGGCCUCAGAAGGGGAGGGGAGGGCAAGGGGGGGGCUGACUAUCUCUGGUUUAUUUUCUUUUCUGUAAUUAGAUCGAUUAAGUAAUAAACAAUCUGUGGUUGAGACCAGAGAGCGGUCGGCCAUAGAGCCUGGCACACGGCCAUGAGUUUAACUGUGUGGCAUCGCCAGCGAAUAAACAGGGUGGAAACUUAUCUAUCCCAGCAUGGAGAGCAUUUUCGUUUGGACCUGGCUUGCACAGGAGUCGACUGAGCGGAUAGAGCAGAAACGUUCCUGCACAUUGUCCUGGACAGAGCUCCUACAGUAAAGUGGGUUGCUGUUUUUUGCAAAGCUUUAGCUGCUGUUGAAAAUGAUGUCUACUGUCCAUUAAAGCCAAUGGAAACCAGUGUAAAUAGUUGCAAAUGUAAAAGAAGAAUUCAGGAGCUUCUUAACGCUGCUUUGUCGCAGUUGCCUGAAGGAGGCAAAAAUAGUUCAGGCUGCACAGCGAACCAGACGAUGGUGCCUGAAUGUUCUGGUGAGAGCCGUUCCCCAUACGUUUGUUUCUUCACUUCAUCUUUGUGUCGGUGUGUCCGGUGGAGGAUUAUGUGCCCCGGGCCUCUUCUCCUGCUUGCCUGUGUGUUCUGCAGCAGCACUGCAGUGGCUGCGAGGUGUUGGGAGCUGAAGUCGAAUGGUCUUAAACGCAAUUAGGGAUGAGCCAGUCAAGUGUUUGGAAGGACUAAAGGACAGAGCAGUUGGUGGAUUAGAUGCACGCUGUAAGAUUUCUGUUGGUUUCAGCUUAAUCUGAUGCAUUUGGAUGGUAAAACACUGGCACAGAAGGUCAGAAAGUUCACAAAUUGCGACUAAAGUUGAGAUAUUUAUAGUAGCAGUUUGUUCACAAAGCCUGAAAGCGUGCCGCGCUUUGCAGACUCACGGUGCAAAUAUCUCGUUACAUAUUCCAAAGAUGUUUUUCUUGCCUCAUUCUGAGGAUUCCUGGGAGUCUCACAGAGUGCAUCUAGCCAUGUAAUCUCUGCAGCUGUUAACUUCGCCGUCAGCCUCCAUCCGCUCUUAUGCGAGAGGAAGCAGGACUAUUUAAAUCCAGGAAAGACGUAUGCGAGGGAGCAGGCCCACUGUCUUUGUUGUUCGACAAAGCCCCUGCAGGAAUGUGGAUCUGCCAGGAUGACAGGCAGCUUCCCACAUACCUGAGCUCUACGGCCCCCCUGCUACCCACCUCUGCCUGUCCCUUUACCCCCCUUCCACAGCUCACCCUGUAGGCAGGGACCUUGGGAUUCCAGCUGUAACCCUGGAACUUCCUCCUCUCCUUUCAGCCUUUUUUAGUUCAAGGUCAGAGCCACGGAGCAGCCUUGGCCCUAACCCCGGUGGCCGCGGUGCUCCGGUGUAGCUUGGAUUUCAAGUAUCUUUCUGAUGCAGCAAACACUUUAUUUACUGGUUAAAUGUAUGUAAUUCAGUACACUGAUGACCCUUUAACUGACAGGUACAGAAUCGUAGCUGCUAUGGCUCCCUGUCGACAACCUUUUUUCAAACAUCCCUCUCUGAAAAAGAGCUCCACUUCUUUAAAACGCAGCUCCACAACAUGCUGUGCUUCCAAGUACUGGUGUUGGGGUGUUUCUAGGGAGGGGACAUGUGCAGAGUUAAUGCAGUGCGAGGAGCAGAGUCACGCAGAGCCUCUCCUGGUCCUGCAGGAUGCCUCCACAGCCUCCUCAGGACGAAGCAUCCCCACACCGACACAGCAUCGCCUGCUGCUCAACACAUCCACUCACACCAGUGUUCUACGCACAUGAAAUCUCUUUUUGCUCUGGGGACGUGUUUUUUUUGUGCGAGUGCCGAGGCUACACCGCCAAGCAGAAGUUUCAAAAGCUGAUGAAGACCUACUGCUGUGGUAGAUGAGGCUGCAUGUAGUACCACUGAUGUACAUUUAUUCUCGGGAGUAAACGGUCAUCCUUUUUUUUGAAAAAGAAAACGGCAAACACAAUCGACAUUUCCUGCAGUUUCAGCUGAGGAAGGCUUGAAAGUGAACUUUGCGCAUGCACAGCAACGAGCACUUCUCUCACCCACCUCGCAAUCCAGAUGUCCGACGUCUCUAGCAGCACCUUAUCGAGGACAUCCUGAUUAUGAGCUAGCGUAAAGAAGAGAUUUUCUGUCCAGAAACAGAGCUGGACGCCUAAAAGAGGAAAAGUUUGUGUCUAAAAAGGAAAUUCUCACCUUUCAGCUUUGACCAAAAAAUUUAUUCAGAUUUAUCUGUUGUCUCUUUUUUUUCUUUCCACAGCUUAUCAUAGGUCAAAUUUAAUUAAGUCAAGGUGAGGAAUAUCUUUUCUUUAUAAUGUUUAAUGGACUCUUAGCAUGAUGAAGGGUGUGUGCUUCAUGUGUUUUUUUUAACUCCUACUCUGACAGGAGUGAGCCUCCACUCGAUUCCUCUCCUCUGUUCUCAUAUACCUCACCUUCUGCCUUAGUUUUGGUUUUGCUGAUGACUGUAAAUUAAGAAGAAACAAAGUUCAGCUAUUCGUUUCUGAAAACAGACAAUGCUAAGUAAGGAUAUUAAAGUUUUUUCCUUUUAUUUUUGUACGUAUGUGCUGUGCACAGCAGUCUACUGUAUUCCUGAGAUAAUAAAAGUUUGUUUUGUUUUUU